AUGGAAAGAGAAAUGUGGCAGCAAUCGUCGACCCCGGACCCUGUAAACCUCAGCUAUAGGAUUUCCUCACUCGAAUAUCCCAUUCACAACUCUUCUAACUACACUUCUUCUGCCUUUUCUACCUCUUUCUUAAGGCAAAAUGAUCUCUAUCAACAACAAUAUAAUUGCAUUUUUCUCUGCAUGGUUUUGCUAUUGCCUACGCUUUGCUACAGCAAUAAUUAUGUUUCCAGAACUGCCUAUUACACUACCCCUGAUGGCAUGGGGAUACCAACCGGAGCGUGUGGCUAUGGAGAAAAUGGCAAAGAUGUCAACAAUGGGGAGGUUUGUGCAGCCUCCAAACGGCUUUACAAAAAUGGAGCUGCCUGUGGAGCUUGCUACCAGGUAAGGUGCAAGGACAAGGGGUUGUGCAGUGACGAGGGAACAAAAGUAGUGGUGACGGACACUGGAGAAGGACAUGGAACAGACUUCAUUCUCAGCUACCGCGCCUAUGCUAAAUUGGCUAAGCAACCUAAUAUGGCUCAGCAAUUGUUUGCUAAAGGCGUAGUUGAAGUAGAAUAUCGUAGAGUUUCUUGCAAAUAUGGAAAUCUCAUGCUUAAAAUCCACGAACAUAGCAAGUACCCUCACUAUCUUGCUAUAGUUGUUAUGAAUCAAGGUGGUGCUACUGACAUUCUUGCUGUCCAAGUCUCAUUUUAUCAUAUUAACAAAGAGGAAACAAAAGAAUGGAUAUCAAUGAGGAGGGUUUAUGGAGCAGUGUUCGACCUAUCGAGCCCACCAAGUGGAGAACUUAACGUGAGGUUCCUAACAAGUGCUGGUGCUGAAACCAAAUGGGUGCAGUCAGACAAGGCUGUAAUUCCUGCUGAAUGGAAAGCUGGGCUAUUAUAUAUACAUUCAGCUCUCUUAGACAUGAAAAUACAAGUGUUAUCACAUAUUAGUGGCGCUACUUGGUGA